AUGAGCUACAAACUUCUCGUAUCAGGCGAGCGGGCCGACUUCACCACGCUGGCACUCGACGUGGACAAGAAGGAGCUGCGCGUGCUCGCCAAUUACCCAGCUCCCCACAAUGCUUCCUGGGUUGAGCCGUGCAAGUCAAACGGGAGAAUUGACCGUCUAAUCGGGCUUUCCGAAGGCGAUGAGUCUGGUCUGCUGUAUACAUUCGAAGUUGACCACGAACGCGAGGCUUGCCGGAUUACCAGCCAGCAGGCUACCCUCGGGGCGCCUGGUCACUUUACUACACUCCGCGAUGGCUCUGCUCUUGCGCUCGCUACUUAUCUGGGAGGUUCAAUUGCACUAUAUCCCAUCAAAACGAGCGAAGAAAAUACGCCCUUGCUCGCAGAAUCUCCGCGAGCGGAAAUUAUACCUGACUUCCCCUACAAAUCAGUUAUACAUGGCCCCAACGAAGGCCGCCAGCGCCAAUGCCACCCACACCAGAUCCUCGAAGACCAGCGCGGGAUGCUGUAUGCUCCUGACCUGGGAGCAGACCGCGUCUGGAUCUUGCACCGCAACGGAACAGAUCUGGGGAUAUGUGGCUGGCUGCAGUGUCCGCCCGGAACGGGGCCUCGACAUGCUGUGCUUAGUCCGGAUGAAACCGUUAUGUAUGUUAUAGGCGAGCUCUCGCAUACAGUCAUUGCCUUUGAUCUGUCAUCUACGGCAGAGGGUAUCUCGCCCAUCGAUGGCUUCGCACAGAAUAUCAUCCCUCCAACCGUCCAUCCGAACCAUCAAUUUAUGAUGGAUUCUGCGGAGAUCUGCUUGCAUCCGAGAAUUCCAGACGUGCUAUACAUUAGCAACAGAUGGGAAAGACACAUUGCGCAGCGCGAGCCUUAUCUUCAGGAAGUUCCUAAGGAGCUGCCCCCGGGAGACAGUAUUGCUAUUAUUCUGCUUUCAGAGGCCGGCAGGACGGUAGAAGCCGUGAAACACGUGAGGACUAAUGUUGAUGUUAUCCGGGGUAUGCGCCUUAGUGAAGAUGGGAGGUAUGUUGUGGUUGUUGGACAGGAGGGCGGUGGAGUUGAGGUCUAUGAGAUCGGUGGGCAGAGAGGAGAUGUAUGGACUCUUGUUGCUGGGCUGAAAGAUGGACAGGGCCUGGAAAGCGGGAUUAAGCAUGCUGUUUGGUUGUAG